UUGAAGAGCACACUUAAACACGAGCUUGAGAUAGAUAACACGCAAUGGGCGUCUGUUAUCUCGAUGGUCUGGGUGGUUGGUACAGUAUCUCCAUUUGUAGCCGGGCUUCUCAUAGACACAAUGGGCGAGCCCCUGGCUGGUGCCUUGGCCAUAACGCUGAUUUUGCUCGGGAACGGCGUGUGUGCAAUUGGAGUGGGCUCCAAAAAGCUCAGCAUAUUCCUCAUUGGCCGCGCAAUAUACAGCACGGGCGGCGGAGCUGUGCUUCUGGUCGGCGAGGUUAUCAUGUUCAAAUGGUUUAAGGGCCGGCAGCUGCCAUUGGCGUUUGGUUUUGCAGCGACGAUUAGUGGCCUGAUGUCGUUUUCAGGCCCAGCCGCUGUCACUGCCAUACUGAGCAAGAAUGGCAACAUUACAAUUCCAUUUUGGCUUGCGACGGGUCUCUCGGCAUUUGGUCUUUUGUGCUUCGGCGCAUAUGCUCUCAUCCACUACUCGCAUUACUCGCGCGACCGCGGUUGGAUGAAAACCCGGCGCCUGAUCGACGGUCUGGCUGCACUCCCCGGACCAUACUGGCAAGUACUUUUGUGCAUCAGCGUCCAGGGCACGCUGUUUAUCCCGCUUCAUGAAGUCGUUCCAGAGAUGAUGGAGACCGAGUGGGGGUACACGCGUGUCGAGUCGAGCAGGCUGUUUGUGUACUUGCACAUCAUCCCAAUCGUGCUUCAUUUUUCUAUCGGUAUAUUCAUCAACCGCAUUGGCCGUCGGCUUAAUAUGUUCCUAGCCGGUUCUCUCAUGGUAUUCCUGGCAUCAAUGUUUAUCACGUUUGUGCGCAAGGUGCCCAUCAUGGUCUCCCUCAUCAUGAUGAAUUUCAGCGGCUCAAUGGUUCCGGCGUCAAUUUUUUCACUGAUGAAUUUGGUCAUCGACAACCACGAGGUUGCUGGAGCCGCCCUUGGCCUGAUCCGUUCCGCAGAGUUUGCCAGCGUCACGAUUAUGGAGAUGCUCAAUGGAAUCCUGCAAGACUCUGACCAUAACCGAUACGACACAGUGCUUCUUAGCUUGGCUGCGUUUGCUGGCAUCCUGCUCGCUGUUGCCAUUUCCGUGCUCGCGAUUGAC